AUGGCGGGUCGCAACCAUGCUGCAUCCACAAUUACAUGUCCCUGUGGACAAUCUUAUAAUGAUCAAGUCACUCUGGAUGAACACAAGAAAACUAGUUGUCAAAGACGAGGAUUUUCCUGCGAAUUCUGCAACGAAUAUUUGCCAACAUCACAGGCAAUGGGCGCUCAUUUAUAUCAAUGCGGUAAUAAGACUGAUCAAUGUCCUGUUUGUCAAAAAUUUGUUCGUCGAGCGGUAUUUACCUAUCAUGUAUACAACAAUUGCAUUGAUUUAGAUGAAGACUAUACAAGUAGUAAACCUUCCACUAGAGAAAAGAAUUCAUCAAAUCGACCAUUUAAAAGGUAUGAAAAAACAAUACAUACAUUGCUUCCAGCGUGGACUUUUAGAGGAGAAACACAAACUGGAUCGAAUGAUGAAGACUUAACCGACAUCAUUGCUUCUAUUCAAAAACAAGAAUCACAUUCAGACAGCGAACCGGUUAAUAUAUCACCCAGACAAGCAACCAAAAAUAAAGAAAGCGCAGUUCUAUCUCUACGUGCUAAAACUUCAGAAGUACACGACAGGUUACAAAACGAUUACUAUUCAUCUGAAUUGGAUCAUGUCAAAGAAAAACUUCAAUUUAACAUAAUUCUCAUUGGUUCGCCACGUGUCGGCAAAAGUCAACUCAUCAAUGCCAUUUGCAACGGCGAGAAUAAAGCUGCGACAAGUUCGAGUUUGAAUUCCUGCACGAAAGAAAUAGCACGCUACAUUUUGGAAGAUGAUCAACAAAAAACACCUGGAAUAAAACCAUUUCAAAUUAAUUUUUACGACACGCCAGGUAUCGAAUCAUGGACUAAUCAAAGUGGCGAAAUGACUAUGCUAAAAUUUAUCGAAGAAAAACAACCAGUUUGCGUUAUCUACUGUGCUGCACCUGGAACGUUCGCUGAUCUAUCACAAGUUCGUCCGGUGUUGAAAUUUUGUCAGCAGAAAAAAAUCUUUUGGGCGUUUGUCUGCACGAAUAUGUGGUCAAGUACUGCUCGAAAAGUGGUCGUUGGUGAGUUUGAAAAAGAAUUAGCCACUUUCGGUGCUGGCAUUGAAAAAUCGUUUAAUCAACCGCACUCUCGAGUUCCACAUAUAGUGACCGUAUUUGGAAACGACGCACUUUGUACAAUGGUGAAUUCGAUCGAAUAUUACGACCCUGACUAUUCACCUGAGAGAAAGCCUGUACAAGGUGUCGAUGAGCUUAUACAUUGUGUGAUGGAAGCACUCAGUGAUGAAAAACUACUUGGCUGGUGUAGUGCUGUUUUAAAUCGACGUACUUAUUGGGAAAAAUUUAGUCAGAAAGCUAGUGGUUUUGUAUCGCUUCGCAUAAAAAAUAUACAAAACAUGAGCGGCGUAUCCAUUCAACAAAUUACGAGAAAUGCUUUUAUGUAUAUUUAUACUAUGAUCCGAAAACCUUAA